GUGCAUCCCAACUGGUUACCACCGGAUCGCUUGCUACCAGCGCGCCUGGAGGGCGAGGGGUCGCUGUGGUGCGACCUCGACGUGCUCGAGUUCGCCUGCCUGCCCGGCCGCCUGCAGCCUGGGCGCGACAGGGCGAGGGCGGAGGAGGAGAGCAGCGAGCUCGUGGACGACCUGCGCGGCUGCAGUGCCGUGCUGGGGCCCGGCUCGCAGGUGGCGUGCGACGACACGUUUGUCACCAUGGGCCCCAUUGUCGUCGACAGCUCAGCGCCACAUCAGCUCGGCUUCCUCACAAACUGUCACGUGGCAGGCACGUCCCCUGAGAUGUCGGAGGGGGCCUGCCUCUACCACCCGCACUGCCCGAGCCUCGGCCCCGGCGUGCCUAUCGGGGAGGUUCGGCGCGUGGUGUCCUUCCGAAGCGACUUUGAGUGGUUUGGGUUCUACAUCAACCACCAGCCAGACAUCAGGGUGAGGGUGGACGGGGCGUUCGCCACCUUCGCCGCCACCAUCCACGCGCAUCACAUCACAGCACGCCCACGGGGACUGCCGCCCGGUGCAGUGGGGCCGCUGCUGCACAUCCUCCCCUCGUGGCCCGUCACUGCACUCGUCUCGCAGCAGGUGGCGAAGGUGGGGCGCAGUUCAGGCCUGACGAGCGGCACGGUGAUGGCGUAUGCAGUGGAGUAUUAUGUGGACAGCAAGCGCGCCUUCGCCUCCGACCUGCUCAUCCGCAGCUCCACCGAGGCGCCCUUUGACCUGGAGGGCGAUGCAGGCAGCACGGUGUAUCUGCACCGCGCAGUUCGCACGGGGGCUGGCAUGGGGAAGGUGGGGAAGAGCAGGGUGGGGCAGUGGGGAGCGGAAGCAGGGGGCAGUGUGCUGCUAGCGGUGGUGCUGGGGGAGAGGGCAGCAGGGAAGGACGAGAGCGGGGUGGUGGGGUGA